AUGCUUUCGGACGUUAAUAAUUUUGAAUCUCAUGAUUAUGUUGUAAGUCAGGAUAAAAUUGGAUAUAUUGAACAAGAUAACAUCGUUUAUAAUGUUGUUUAUGGAUAUAAAACUUUAUUUGCAUAUCAUUGUGAACAUGAAAAAGGUAAAAUAAGUAAAGAAAGUCUACAUGAAAAUAUAAGUAUACGUAUUAAUUCUUGUAGUUUUUCAUAUGCUGAAAUACCUCUUCAAUUUGCAUAUAUUAUGGAUGUUACAGGUACAUUAGAAACUCUAAUUGAACCUGAGAAAAACGUCAUACGAAAUAAUUAUAAGAUCAUUAAAAAUACAUACGUUACGUCUGUAUUUGGAAAAAAUAAUCUUAGAUUUAUUCAAAAAGAUGAUAUUAUGAUUGAGAAUAGUCUGUUUUUUGAAUCAAAACAAAAACUAAUGGAAUUUUAUAAUUCUGAUGCUUUGAUAUCAAUCAAAGAAUUAGUUGUUCAUCUAACAGAAGACGCAUCAUUAGAAGAAAAAGAGAAAUUAAUUAAGCGUGCAACUUCAUCUAAUCAGAUAACAUUAUUCGCAAGAACUUAUGGUCGAGGAACUGAUUUUAUAUGUCAUGAUCCGAUUGUUGCAGCAAAUAGUGGUACACAUGUUAUUCAAACAUUUUUUUCAGAAGAAUUUUCAGAAGAAAAACAAAUAAAAGGUAGAACAGCAAGACAAGAUGAUCAAGGAUCUUAUAGUAUGAUUUUAUUUGAUCGUGAUCUAGAAAAAUUUCAUAUAGAAAAAGUACAGAUUGAAGAUAUUAAAAAAGGCAAAGGAUUUCUAACUCGUAUUACUGAUACUGUUACUGAUGCUCUUAGAUUUACAAAAACAUAUGAAAUAAUAUUGAUUCGAUUAAAAAAAAUUUAG